AUGGCAGGCCGACUUUCCAUAACCGACUCCUCUCGACGAGGUCGUGAAUCUUCUCCUAAUUCGUCCAAUUCGCCAGCUAAGCGCAUAUGUAUAGACAACCGUGAUUCAUCGCCAUCAACAACUUCUACCCAGCUACCUAUCACUGUGUUUCGUGGGACCACCUUCACUUUAGAAAUGUUCGAUAGCCUUAGCAAGCCAGCUCGAGAGAAUCAAUUUCGGUAUAUGCAAGAAACCCUUUCGAAAUACGAGUAUUUGUCCAAAUCAUUACCUCGAGUUGAUAUGAUGCUUUUUGAGCAAGCGGAAGAUCGAUUAAGCAAGGAUGAACAGGAGCGAGCUGCGGACCAAAUGAACGAUAUCCACGAAAAGUGGAAAUUUGAACGUUUAGUCGGUCAACAAGAAAAUAAGCAAUACAGGGUGAUAAUUUCGUGGGAUGAUGACCGUCUCCAUUGGAUGCCCGAGGAGUCCCUAUUUAGGACCUGUGGAAAAUUGUGUGGAUGGGAAACGCAUGGCUUAUACCUCCACAUAUCCUCACAGCUCCUCAUGUUUCGUCUUACCCUCCUUUUUGGCAUGCCUCCUGUUGAAAAUACUGUAGGGUACAAGGUUGGCUGGGAUAUACGCAUCCUCCACUUGGACAACCAAAUCUCGACCGAAGCAUUGAUGCAAAACAAUAUGCCAAGAUACACGCUUUGCCUUAUUUUUCUGUAUUGGUGCCUAUACUCAGAAGAUGGAGAAGCUUUUGCAGAUCAAGGUGAUUUAUUUUUGGAAGCCAAUAUCGGAUCUAUUUUUGAACCACUUGAGGCUAUGAGCAAAAAAUAG